GCAUGCCCAGUCUGUGACUGAUUUUUCACCAAGUAGAACAAUCAACAAGAUCACCAUAAAGACUUUAUCAACAUCAGACCAGUAAAGUGACCACUGAAACCCACUCCCCAAUUUGUCAUCAAUGGACCCAAGCUUAGGGAGAGGAAUCCCUUUGGUCUACAACAAUGGUUUGAGUCCCAGUCUCUAACUUCUUCCUUCUCAAGUACACGGAUCUCUACCAAAGGGACAAUAUUCGGGGAGAUGCAGCCAUUUUGCUGGUCAGCAGGAGAACAGGAACAAGAAAAUGUCAUAGUGGUGGAAUACAACAUCAGUCUCAACAGCAAACCCACCGCUGGAAGCUCCCAGAUCAUUGUGUCAACCAAGUGGAGGAGAGACUGUCAUUUAGAGAACCUUAUGUGAACCCUAUACAGGAAACUUUCCAACUUGCUUCUUUGAUUUUUCAGCCUUACUAUUCUGAUAAUUAGGUGCUGUCUCUUAGAGAGCCUGAAACAGCCAAGACAUGACUCACAGCAUGGAGGAAUCUGUAGAAAUGUUUGGAGAUAUUAACCUCACUCUUGGGAUGCUGAAUAAGGAAGAUAAUAUUAGUAAGGAAGAAAUUUACAGUCAUCUCACUUCUGUUAUUCAGAAUACUGACAUCUUAGAUGAUGCGAUUGUCCAACGGUUGAUUUAUUAUGCUUCAAAGGACAUGAGAAACGACAAUAUUCUCAGAGAAAUCAGAAUGCUAGCUGGUGAAGUUUUGGUGUCUCUUGCUGCACAUGAUUUCAACUCUGUGAUGUACGAAGUACAAAGUAACUUCAGGAUCCUAGAGCUACCAAAUGAAUUUGUUGUGCUUGCCUUGGCUGAACUUGCAACCAGUUAUGUGUCCCAGAGCAUUCCCUUCAUGAUGAUGACCCUGCUUACCAUGCAGACCAUGCUCAGGCUGGCCGAGGAUGAAAAGAUGAAGCAAACGUUCUGUAUCGCCCUGGAGAAGUUCAGCAAAGCCAUUUACAAGUAUGUCAACCACUGGAGAGAUUUCCCCUAUCCCAGAUUGGAUGCCAACCGACUAUCUGACAAGAUCUUCAUGCUGUUCCAGUACAUAAUGGAGAAAUGGGCCCCCAUAGCAUCACCCACGCAUAUUUUGGCCAUCGUUAAGGCACAUGGCCCCACAGUGAGCUUGCUGCUGCACCGAGAAGACACCUAUGAGUACGCCCUGAGCCAGGUACCCUGGCUCCUCACCCAGUAUAAAGACAAAGAGAUUGAUUUCCAUGUCACUCAGAGUCUAAAGCAAAUAUUGACAGCGGCUGUCCUUUACGACACUGGCCUUCCAAGGAACUUGAGAAAAUCCAUCUUUAUCAGUUUACUCCACCAGAUCUGCAGAGUUCCAAAGCCUCCAGUAAAAGAAAAUGAAAUUGAAGCUUCCAGCUGUUUCCUCAUUCUAGCCCACUCCAACCCUGCAGACCUCGUGGAAUUUUUUGAUGAACAAAUAAGAAGUAAUAACGAAGUCAUACGACUGGGAGUCCUGACUCUGUUAAGAUCAGCUAUCAAUGCAGAAGAGCCCAAGCUGAGAGAUCACAUCAUUUCAAUUGAAAAAAUGGUCAGAGUCAUCAUGGGUGACCUCAGUAAAAAAGUAAGAAAUUCCAUCCUCCUCCUCAUCCAAACCAUGUGUGAGAAGUGCUACAUUGAAGCCCGGGAAGGCUGGCCGCUCAUCGAUUAUGUCUUCUCUCAGUUCGCCAUGUCCAACAGGAACCUGGAGAAACCAGUGAAAAGUAACUUCCAAGAGGAUGACACAGGGGAGAAAUUGGUCCGAGACACAAGCCUUGAGGUCUUAAAGACUCUGGACCCACUGGUCAUUGGAAUGCCUCAGGUGUUAUGGCCACGAAUCCUGACUUUCAUGGUACCUAUGGAAUACACAGGAACUCUGGAGCACCUAUUUAACAUCAUCAGAAUUCUGAUUAUGGCAGAGGAAAGAAAGAAGCAAAAUGUCAAGGAGUCCACAGCACUUGUCAUCUCUACAGGAACUGUUAAACUUCCUACACCACAGCAGCUCCUGGCCAGGCUUCUGGUAAUAUCCAUACUUGCCAGCUUAGGGAAAUUAUGUGGGGCUGGCGCAAUAGGACUUUUGAAGAUAAUGCCUGAGAUAAUCCACCCAAAAUUGGUAGAUCUAUGGAAAACACGCUUCCCUGAGCUCCUGCAGCCUCUGGAAGGAAAGAAUGCUAGUAUCGUGCUGUGGGAAACCAUGCUGCUUCAGCUGCUCAAAGAAUCUUUGUGGAACAUCAAUGACACAGCCUGGACCAUUCAACUGAGUCAGGACUUCAACCAGCAAAUGGGCAGUUACAGCAACACCUCCAUUGAGAAGAAAUUUCUUUGGAAAGCCUUAGGAACCACUUUAGCCUCCUGCCAAAAUACAGACUUUGUGGGCUCGCAGAUUAAAGAGUUUCUGAUUGCUCCCACCCAACUGGGUGAUCCGAGACAGGGAACAGCAUCUAUAUUAGGAUACUGUGCCGAGAACCACUUGAAUAUUGUUUUGAAAGUUCUUAAAACAUUCCAAGAUCAGGAAAAGUUUUUCAUGAAUCGAUGUAAGGGCAUUUUUUCUGGGAAAAAGAGCCUCACCAAGACUGACGUCAUGGUAAUCUAUGGAGCCGUGGCCCUCCAUGCUCCCAAGAAGGAACUCCUCGUGAGGCUUGAACAAGAUAUUGUGUCCCAAGUCUUGUUUCUUUAUGGCCAGUGCUCUCAGGUUCUCGGCGUGUCUGUGAUGAACAAGGAUAUGGAUCUGCAAAUGAGUUUCACAAGAAGCAUCACUGAGAUCGGCAUUGCUGUCCAAGAUGCUGAGGACCAGCGGUUCCAGUUUUCCUACAAGGAGCUGCUAAUUGGUCGCAUGCUGGACUUCAUUAGGGAUGAGCCCUUGGAUUCCCUAGCGAGCCCUAUUCGAUGGAAAGCCUUAAUCGCCAUCAGAUACUUAAGUAAACUGAAACCUCAGCUCUCACUAAAUGAUAAUCUCAAUAUUCUUGAGGAGAACAUUCGGAGGCUGCUGCCCCUGCCACCUCUGGAAGACCUCAAAAAUGAGGGUGAGACAGACAAGGACAAGGAACACAUUAAUUUUCUCUAUGAACGAUCCAUGGAUGCUCUAGGAAAACUGCUGAAGACCAUGAUGUGGGAUAACGUGGAUGCAGAGGACUGCCAAGAAAUGUUCAACCUGCUCCGAAUGUGGCUCGUUUCACCAAAAGAGUGGGAAAGAGAAAGAGCCUUCCAGAUCACUGCAAAAGUGCUAACACAUGAUAUCGAGGCCCCAGAGAACUUCAGAAUCGGUUCACUCCUUGGGCUCCUGGCUCCUCACUCCUGUGAUAUGCUGCCCACCAUUCGUCAGGCUGCUGCCAGUUCAACUAUUGGUCUGUUCCAUAUAAAAGGCAUUCACCUAGAAGCUGAGAGGCUGCAGGGUUUACCAGAAGGGCUGGAAUGUGAUGAUGUACAGGUUCAGAUCAAGAUUUCUUCUAAAAUAGCUAAGAUUGUCAGUAAAUUCAUCCCAAGUGAAGAAAUUCAGAUGUUCCUGGAGGAAUCGCUGGAUGGUUUGGAGAACCUCAACCCCAUGUGUACGAAGGCCUGUGGCAUAUGGAUGAUCACCGUCCUGAAGGAGCAGGGAGCUGCCCUGGAAGACCAGCUGAUGGACGUCCUGGGCACAAUUUACCAUCACAUGCCCAUCCUCAGACAAAAGGAGGAAAGUUUCCAGUUCAUGCUCGAAGCCAUCUCCCAGAUAGCCAGCUUUCAUAUGGAUGCAGUCACUGUCCACCUGUUAAAGAAGCCUCUGCCCUUCGACAGGGAUACAAAGAUAUUGUGGAAGGCACUGGCAGAAAAUCCAGCCUCCAGUGGUAAGCUCAUGCAAACCUUGAUAGAAAAACUGGGGAUCGGGUUAGAAGAUGACAUCGCCGGGAUAGAAGCAAUCUCAGAAGCCUGUGCUAUGUAUGAAGUGGUCACAACAGGCAUCCUCAUCACUGAUGUAUAUCCAGAGCUGUUUGUUCUCCUCCUGAAGCUGGUCAGUGUCACACUGGGCCAGAAGAUGCCCACUGCUAACGUGAGCCACAGGCGGCGAACGAUCCAGCAGGGAGAGCGGCAGCAGAUCCCAGACCCCUGCAGGCUCUCAACUGCAACUCUGAAAUGUUUGCAAACCCAAGCCAUGAGAGAAGGCCUUGCAAAAGAAUCUGAUGAGGGGGACAACUUAUGGGGCCUACUCAGCAGUCCUGCUACCCAUCACAUAGGAGUAUGUGCACUGGCCAGGAGCAUGGCAGUGUGGCAACACAGAGUCAUACUGGAAAUCAUGGAGCAACUGUUCUCAUCUCUCACUUCCUCAUCAGAGAACUACCGAAUAACCGGCACAGCUUUCUUCUCUGAGCUCAUGAAGGAGUCGAUCCUUUGGAAGCAUGGGAAUCUGCGGGAGGUACUGAUCUUGAUGGAUCAGAGUGCCUGGGACUCCAAUGCCACUCUGAGGCAAAUGGCCAUCCGAGGACUUGGCAACACAGCGUCUGGAGCCCCUCACAAGGUGAAGAAGCACAAGCAGCUAAUGUUAGAAUCCAUCAUCAGAGGCCUGUAUCACUUGGCUCGCACCGAAGUCGUCUGUGAGAGCCUGAAGGCACUCAAAAGGAUCCUGGAGCUACUCACAGACAGAGAUGUGAGCUUCUACUUCAAAGAAAUCGUGCUGCAGACUAGAACCUUCUUUGAAGAUGAGCAGGAUGAUGUGAGACUGACGGCCAUCUUACUGUUUGAGAAUCUGUCAUCCUUAGCAGGAAAAAGAUGGAAGGGAUUUUUUGCUGAAGAAAUAAAAAAGAGCAUGAUUUCAUUCCUUCUCCACCUCUGGGAUCCCAAUCCCAAGAUUGGAACUGCCUGCCGUGAUGUCUUGAUUGUCUGCGUUCCUUUCCUGGGGCUGCAGGAACUCUAUGGAGUUUUAGACCGUCUCCUUGAUCAGGAUCUACCAAGGGCCAGGGAUUUCUACAGGCAAUUCUGUGUGAAAUUGGCAAAGAAAAACCAGGAGAUUCUGUGGAUCCUACACACACAUUCAUUCACCUUCUUCACCAGCAACUGGGAGAUGAUCAGGAGUGCAGCUGUCAAACUCACAGAUGCCAUUGUUCUCAAUUUGACCAGCCAAUAUGUGGAGUUAUUAGAUAGAGAACAACUGACCACACGGCUCCAAGCACUUCGGCAAGACCCCUGUAUCAGUGUCCAGAGAUCAGCUGAAGCUACUUUGCAGACCCUCCUGAGAAGAUGUAAAGAGAUAAGCAUUCCUCUGUAAACCAUCAAGAAAUAAACAGUUAGGCUUUUUCUAGAAAUAAUUCCUUUCGUCCUAGUGCCUCACAAACAUACAACAUCUUCAAGGAGGAAAAAUGAUGCCUAGGAUGGAGAUCUUGAAGUGGUGGCAAAAUCUCCCCAAAGGCUUCCAGCAGUAAAAACAAAUAAAUAAAUAAAUCCCACAAAGUU